CCACAAACCAACACUAGUACUGAAAUACUUUUACGUUAUAGGAAGAGAGAAAGAAGGAGUGUUUGGGCUCUAGUUUUGCUCGCCUUGGCAUCCGCAGUUGGGGCAUUGGCUGAUAUUACUCCACUCAUCAGCCGAGGCCGCUUCAAUGAGAUGCUCAAGCAUCGCAACGAUGCUGCCUGCCCUACCAAGGGGUUCUACACCUAUGAUGCUUCCAUUGCUGCUGCCAACUCUUUUGGCGCUUUUGGUACCACCAGUGACAUUGACACUAAGAAAAGAGAGAUCGCCGCCUUCUUAGAUCAAACUUCUCAUGAAACUACAGGUGGGUGGGCUACCGCCCCAGAUGUUCCAGAUGCAUGGGGCUAUUGCUGGGAGCAAGCGGGAAAAGCUAUUAACUACAACUUGCUAAAUAACCCUGAUGCUGUAGCAACAGACGCUACCAUUUCUUUCAAGACAGCUCUUUGGUUCUGGAUGACUCCACAGUCCCCCAAACCUUCAUGUCACGAUGUAAUCACCGGAAAAUGGACCCCAUCCGCCGCAGACGCCCCGGGGAACGGGGUCAUUACCAACAUCAUCAACGGUGGCAUAUAUAUUGAAUGUGGCAAAGGUCAAAACACACAGGUUGUGGACCGUAUCGGGUGCUAUAAGAGAUACUGUGAUUUACUGAAAGUUGGUUAUGGCAACAAUCACCAAGUUGUCCUUCAAUCUCCAAGGGUAGAAUAUUUACUUUUUCUUCUUGACUUGUCAUUAUUGCACUAGAUAACUCACUUUGUAUUUUUUCAGCAACUAAAUUAAGCGAAUAAUUUGAUUGAAUUCCU